AUGGCCGACGAAUGCGCUACCCGUGGUAUCUUCAGCAAGCUCUCACCAGAAUUGCGCAACGAGAUAUACUUCCUGAGCUUGAUCGACUUCCACGUUGAAACGAAGGACGGCCAGGUAUUGCAAGACCGCAAAACUCACCAUCGCGAGUCUCGAAAGAUCCCUCCGCUCGCGCAAGUAAACCGCGCCUUGCGCAAGGAUCUGCUUCCGAUUCUCUUCUACAAAAAGCACUUCUCGUUCUACAGCCGCGGCUUCAGCAACGACGACUUCGGCAACGAUCACGAUCACGCAAACGACAGGAACUACGUCGAGGAAUGGCUUCGCAGCUUCGGUGAUGGUCUGAGAUACGUAACGUCCAUGACCAUCGCUAGUCCUCCACGGAGGGCUUACUACGGCUGCUUGUGCGACAGGCCAUCGUGCGGCCACUACCUUCUCCAUUUGGCGGUCGAUGAAUACACCAUCAAGCCAACUCUCUACUUCACAGUAGAGGAUGGUACGAUCGAGAUCAUGAAGAUGACGAGAAAUUCCGUGGAAAAUGCGUUGCCGGGAGUGCAGGAUGUUGUAUUGAAGCAUUUCGAAGCUGCAGGAAGAACUUUGAAAGAGCUGCCUGGUGUGAUCAAAGAGCUCAAGAUCUUCAGACUUGGACGGCUGAUUCGCAGACCUUGUUGA